AUGUCACACGAAGAAGAUCUUGAUGACCUCGAUGACUUUCUCGACGAGUUCGACGAGCAGGUGCUGAGCAAGCCUCCUGGAGCUCAGAAGGAUGCUACCCCUACUACAUCUACUGCUCCUACCACUGCCGAGGCUAAGCCUGAUGCCACUAAGAAGAGCACCGAAACUUCCGGGACCGAUUCAAAGACUGAGGGAGCCGAUACUGCUGACAAGAAUGCGGCCACUGACUCUGCGGAGGCCGGUGCGGAGAAGGUUUCUCUGCCCAACCUCGAGGAUCAGCUCGCUGGGCUCAAGAUGGACGACUUCCUUAAGGACAUCGAGGCAGACCCCGAGUCCAAGGCCCAGUUUGAGUCUCUGCUCAAGGAGAUCAACAACGUUACCAGCGCCACCGCAUCCGAAAAGGCCCAGCAGCCCAAGUCAUUCAAAGAGACCAUUUCCGCCACUGCUGACCGUUUGAACCAGAGUAACCAGGAGAUGGGGGACAUGCCCCUUGGUGACGACAUGCUCGCUGGCCUCAUGGAGCAGCUGUCGGGUGCUGGAGGCUUUGGAGAGGGCGGGGAAGGCGACUUUGGAGAUAUGUUAGGAGGAAUCAUGCGUCAGCUGGCCUCCAAGGAGGUUCUGUACCAGCCGUUGAAGGAGAUGCACGACAACUACCCUAAGUGGUGGGACGAGCACGGAUCCAAGGUGACCGAGGAGAAGGAGCGAGACCGACUUAAGCUGCAGCAGGACAUUGUUGGCAAAAUCUGUGCCAAGUUUGAGGACCCCUCUUACUCUGACGACUCCGAAGCCGACCGAGCCGUCAUCACCCAGCUGAUGGACGAGAUGCAGGAGACCGGUGCUCCUCCGGAUGAGAUCAUGUCCAAUGUUGCCGACGGUAGCAUUCCUGGCGGUCUCGAUGGUCUUGGACUGGGAGGUCUUGGUGGCGGUAAGAUGCCCGAGAUGCCCGAGAACAUGCCCGAGUGCAACCAGCAGUAA